AAGCGGCUGUUCGCCAUUGCAAUAAUAAUUUGUAGCACGGUAUUUAUAGAUGAUGUACGCCGCAUAAUGCUGUCAUUGGCGUGUCGUGGAGUGUUGCGGUUGUUUCGCUCUUGAAAAUAUUCGUGAACGUGGCAUAUUGCGCAAUUAUACACAUUGAGCAUAAAAAUAUGACAUCCUGCCAAGGAUACGGAGUGUCAUAAAAAUGUCUCUGGUCACUGAGUGAUAACAUUUGGACCGUUCUUUCUUGUGAAAGACAGUGGCUGAUAUUUGAAAACAAUUUGUGCAUGUAUAUCUAUUUGAAAGGAUGAUGGAGUUGAGUCAUAGUCUGACCCUCAAUGAGGAUGCUCUUAAUCAAAUCCCAGAAGCCAAGCGGCCAGUUUUUAUCUUUGAAUGGUUACGCUUCUUGGAUAAAGUCUUGGUUGCUGCUCAAAAGAGUGAUAUUAAAGGAUGCCAGCAAAAACUUGUAGAGCAACUGACCAGACAUAUGCAAGGAGCUCCUGGUCCACCCACACGACGUCUUAUAGCAAGAUGCCUUGCUACCUUAUUUAGUGUUGGUGAUACAUUUUUGCUUUUUGAUACUGUCAACAAAUGCAAUGAUAUUCUGAGAAAUAAAGAUGACUCACCAAGCUUUCUACCUACAAAGUUAGCUGCUAUUUGUUGUGUGGGAUGUAUGUAUGAAAAACUAGGAAGAAUGAUGGGCAGGUCAUAUGAAGAGACAGUGCAAAUUCUGAUAAAGUCCUUACGUUCUGCAGAAUCACAAACACGAAUAGAAAUUAUGCACACAUUGGAAAAGGUAUGUGCUGGGAUGGGAUCAGCAAUAACUAAUGUGCAUAAGGAGAUAUAUAAAGUUUCCAGGCAUUAUUUAACUGACCGAGUAAUGGCAGUGAGAUGUGCUGCUGCUAAGUGUUUAUUGGAAAUGCUGAAUCAUGCUCCAUUUUUAUAUACAACCGAGAUUGAAAGCGUGGCGACAUUGUGCUUUCGGGCAUUUGAAGGUUCCAAUUAUGAAGUAAGAUGUUCUGUUGCUAAAUUGCUGGGCACCUUGGUGGCAAUGACGCAACUUCCCUCGCCCAAGAUAAAAAAUCCUACGGUUGCUCACAAUAAAGGCGCCAAACAGACAUCUCUCGAGGAGGUGUUAAAUAUCCUGAUGUCCGGAUUUCUGAGAGGUGGCGUCGGUUUCCUGAAAGGAACUGGUGAAAUAAUAAAAGGGAGUUCCAGCAUAAAUAGAGAAGUGCGAGUUGGAGUGACACACGCUUAUGUAAUAUUUGUACAAAUGCUGGGAGGUACUUGGCUGGAACGGAACGUCGGCGCGCUAGUUGCGCACGUUCUAGAUCUGGUUACGAAUCCGAAAGCUGCUAAUUCACACGUCGAGGCGGUAUACUCGCGCAAAUGCGUGAAUUUCAUAUUGCGCGGUACCGUUGGCAAAUUAUUGGGUGAAGGGGCUCAAGCCGCUGCUUGCAAAGAAAUAGCACAUAUUAUCUUAAAACAGAUGAAUUCUAUCGAUUUCAGUCCUGAGAAUGCUAAAGACUGUAAUCAAGAGACGCUAUUUAGCCAGCACUUGUUGGUCUGCGCGUUACAAGAAAUGGGUAAUUUGAUACUGGGACUAGGUACCACAGCCACGAAUUUAUUGUCUGAUCAAUCUCUGAGUUUAAUCGAUACUAUAAUGGCUGUACUGGUGCACCCGUGUCAAGCGGCUAGGUUGGCUGCCUCUUGGUGCUUACGGUGCAUAUGUGUGGCAGUGCCGAGCCAAAUAACACCUUUGAUCGAUCGCUGCGUUGACGGAAUUGAGAAUAUGCGUAGCUCACCAGAAGCGAUCGCUGGUUACAGUAGCGCUCUCGCUGCAGUGUUGGGAAGUGUUCGUUUGUCGCCUCUGGGAGUCCCUCACACUAAGGGGAAGAUCAUUUUCAAUACAGCGGAAGAACUGCUCAGAAGCGCAAGCCAGAACAGCCGUUUGUCUUUGAACCGCACGCACGCAGGAUGGCUCUUAAUAGGAGCAAUAAUGACUCUAGGUACCGCAGUGGUGAAGGGCUUAUUGCCGAGAAUGUUACUAUUGUGGAGAAACUCCUUCCCGCGUUCGAACAAAGAGCUCGAGAGCGAGAAAGCGCGGGGCGACGCUUUCACGUGGCAGGUGACUCUGGAAGGACGUGCUGGCGCACUUUCCGCUAUGUACAGCUUCCUGCUGCAUUGCCCGGAGCUUCUGAAUGACGAUAUUACACGGCGAUUGCUCACACCGAUCGAAUCUGCCCUGGCGAUGCUGACAAAUUUGUCACCCGUUUUGAAGAAUUAUGGUCAACAGCUGAAAGCUCCCGCGGCUAUGGUGCGUUUACGCUUGUACGAAACGCUGUUGUUGUUACCACCGCAAACAUUCGAAGGUUCUUACACGCAUCUUUUGAGGAUGCUGGUGUCUGAAUUCACGCUCACCGAUAAUCCUGGAAACACGACUACUUCGUUGCUACGUGUAGUUUGUCACGCGAACGAUUCCGUGAUUCUUGGAACGUGGCUUCAGGAGACCGAUCAUCGUACGAUAGAGGAUCAAAUGGAACCAAACAGAAGGGCAGAUUUGGAACAUCUUCAACCAAAUAGUGCUGCUGGGUCCGGUGCAUUAGAGCAUAACACAUGCUGCCUUUACAGACCGAUACCACAUGUGAGCUUAAAGUCUACCUUACAUUCCAUCGUCAUUUGUCGCUACAAAUUCGAUAAAAUUGUAACAAAUUACGAUUGUUUGCAGAUUGAAAUAAUACCCGGUCCAUUGCCAUUGGGCGUAGCGGUGAUCGACUUAUCGGUCACGUUGUUCGGCCAAAUCUUCCCACGUGUAGCGAACAAGCACAGACUGCAGAUGCUGGAUCACUUCAGCGAGUGUAUAAAGCAUACAAAGUCCGGUAGGCAGGAGGCGAUACAGAUGAAUGUGUUCACGGCUGUAUUGAGCGGGCUGAAGGGCCUGAACGAGGCGAAGACAGGUUUCGGGCAGGAAGACGUCAAAAAAUCAGCAACUAAUCUUAUCAUCAGCACACUGGUCAGCGGUAAUCCUAUUCUACGAUGGGCCGCGGGAGAAGCGGUUGGCAGAAUGGCGCAGGUGAUUUCCGAUCCGAAAUUCACUGCGGAAUUAGCGCAGACCAGUUUCGACCGCUUGAAGUCUGCGCGCGACGUCGCCAGCAGGACCGGCCACUCGUUGGCGUUAGGCUGCUUGCAUAAGUACGUCGGCGGGAUGGGUUCCAGCCAACACCUCAACACCAGCGUCAGCAUCUUGCUCGCUCUCGCGCAGGAUAACUCGUCUCCCGUAGUACAAGUUUGGGCGCUUCAUGCUCUGGCUCUGAUAGCUGAUUCCGGCGGACCAAUGUUCCGAGGCUACGUAGAACCUACGUUGUCCCUGGCGCUGACUCUCCUUCUCAACGUUCCUCACUCUUACAUCGACGUGCAUCAAUGUAUCGGCAAGGUCUUGUCGGCGCUGAUCACGACGAUAGGACCGGAAUUACAAGGUAACACAUCGACGAUCUGUAUGGCGCGGUCAUCGUUCUUGUGUGCGUGUGCCAUUAUGCAGGACCAUCAGGAUCCACUUGUUCAAGCGGAAGCAACCGGCUGCCUCCAGCAAUUGCAUCUAUUUGCACCGAGACACGUCAAUCUGUCUUCCCUCGUUCCUACGUUAUGUCGUACUCUGUCUAGUAAUCACUUGCUCCUGCGUAAAGCGGCGAUAUCGUGUCUCCGGCAACUCGCUCAGCGCGAGGCGAAGGAAGUGUGCGAGCACGCGAUGACGUUAGCUAAUGAGAGCCGAGACACUAAUGUGGUGGAGGGUCUCGUGAUCACGGAGACCGGGCUUCCAGGCGUUCUCUUCAGUAUGCUCGAUACGGAAACCGACAGUAAACUGAUCCGAGAUAUUCACGAUACUCUAACCAGCAUGCUGCAAAUAUUAGCGGCCGACAAUCUGUCUCAGUGGUUAUCAUUGUGUAAAGACGUUCUCACGAUAGCUUCAGAAUCGAGUACAAUCGAGGAAGGUAACACGGCGAAUGUAGAAGAUAGUACCGCUGAUAAUGAGAACGCGGAUGCGGAAGGUGACGACGAUCAGGCCGAAUUCCACGCCGACGAAUCCGCCAAGCAGCGGCCGUCCAUCACGCCGAGAUGGCCAACCAGAGUCUUCGCGGCGCAAUGUGUCAGACGCAUCGUCGCAGCCUGCGUGAAUAACAAGCAAGCGCACUUUGAUCUCGCCUUGGCCAAAGAGAUGCAGCUGUCUAAGGGCAAAGGAGACUUCCUGGUGUUACAUCUUUCGGAUUUGGUGCGCAUGGCGUUUAUGGCCGCCACAAGCGAUUGUGAUCCGCUGCGGCUCGAAGGUCUGAAAACCCUGCAAGAGAUCAUUGACAAAUUUGCCAAAGUUCCUGAGCCGGAGUUCCCCGGACACUUGUUGCUCGAGCAGUUUCAAGCACAGGUUGGAGCUGCUUUAAGACCAGCAUUUUCCGCGGAGACCCCGUCGCACGUAACGGCCGCAGCCUGUGAAGCUUGCAGCGCCUGGAUCGGCAGUGGCGUUGCCAGAGAUCUAAAUGACCUUCGAAGGGUGCACCAGCUGCUCGUGUCCUCCUUGGAGAAAUUGAGGGAGGGUAAUACUCGGCCGCAGCUUUACAACGAGAGCUUGUCGACGUUGGAGAGAUUAGCGAUCCUAAAAGCAUGGGCGGAAGUGUACGUAGUCGCUAUGAUAAGAGAUGGCUCAGCGUUGAACAGCAAAGACACGACUAAUCGAAAUACGAAUCAGACCGACGAAUCGAACGAUGAGGAUUUCGGGGAGUUUGAAUUCCAGAGCGAGAGCUUGUUGAGUCUCGUCCAACCAGAGCUGUUGAGUUUGAGUCAACAUUGGUUGUCCGCGCUAAGAGAUCACGCGUUACUCUCUUUACCACCCGAGUUCUCCAGUCAGUUGCCGCACGACGGUGGAGCCUUUUACACGACGGACACGAUGGAGUCCGCGCGUCCUCAUUACGUAGAAUCGUGGGCGCCGAUUCUCCAUGCCGCGACACUUUGGCUGAACGCGAGAGGAUUCGAAAUGGGCAACAAUAAUCAAGAGAAAGCGACUAAUACGACUAACAACAACAAUAACCACAACAAUAAUAACAACAAUGACGAGACCUCGAAAACCAACAUGAAUGUUGAGCGUUUUCACUUAUUAUUCGGUAUAUGCAUGGAGGCUCUGUGUAGUCCUCGCUCUUCUGAAUCUCCGCAAAAUAUAGAGACAUGUUUGAAUGCUUUGUACACCCUACUCGAUUCGACAUGGGCGCGCAAGGUCUUCAUCACAGACCGUUCGUUGCCCAUCGAGUUGUGUAAUGUUCUUCACAGAUUGCUCUUAACGCGGGAAAACUACGUAAUUCAGAUGAUAGUGAUGGAAGUGUUGAAGCAAGUGAUGAAGGCAGCGCAGGAGGAUCUCGCUGCCAAAAAGAAACUAAAGCUUAAAGAUGACACACCGACGGCGCAAGAAAGUAACGAAGCAUUGGAGGUGGAUCUGUUGGGCGAGGGAGAGGAGAGUGGUGAGUUGACGCCAGGCAAAUCGCUAGUGUUCGCUGUCUUGGAGGUGUGCUUGUGUCUCUUGGUGCGGCAGAUACCGGCGUUAAAUCCGAAUCCUGGCGGCGCUACCGCCAUCUUGUCUCAGAAAGGAUACGUGCCGUCUGAAGAGAGCGGCAAGUUGAUCGCUCUGUCGCUCAACAUAUUGGAAUCUCUUCCUACUUUGUGUUCUCCGCAAGGUGCAGUAGCAAUCCUCCCGACGUUGUUGUAUUUGGCAACGGGUGUAAUACGAGAAACUGCGGUGCGUUCGGACAACGAUAUCACCAAAGCCGGUGCCGAAGCGCCUGUCCAUGCAGCGUUACACUGUGUCAAAAGUCUUACUAUUAACAAGUACGCCAAGGAUCACAGGAAUCGGGAUCAAUGGACAGGGUUGCUGCGAAGCGCGCUUGCGAAGAUCAUCGACCUGGCUAAAACAGGAAACGACGAAACCAAGAUGGACGAAGUGGCUAUGAUGUUGGGUAUCGCAGUGUUUGUGCUUCACGCAUCGCCGGAGGUAGUGAGUGCCCCGAAUCUGCAAUUCCCAUGCAUCAAUCAUUUCCGUCAUGCGUUUCAGUCUGAGAACAUAACGGUGAAGCUGAAAUGCGUGCAAACGUUAAGAACGAUAUUCCUGCAUCCUGAGCGCAACAUAAGUACCCCGUACAUCCACGCUCUCGCGCCGCGACUGGUGGAAUAUCUGUACAGUGAUAAGAGUAAGCAGGUGACAAACGACAUGGAAUUAACAUUUACUCUGGAGUGUAUCAGCACGGUGGAAGCUCUCAUAGGACUUGCCGAUCUUCCCAAUCGAGAUCUGUUACAAGGUAUUCAAAUGCUGACCUUACUUGUGCCAAUUUUAAUCAAUUAUUUGCUGGAGGGCGAUGAACUUCAGCGCGCUACAAAGUAUCAAGCAAGUCUUCAUCAACAGAGUUUUCAGUGGCUCAACAAGAUCGGGCCAAAGUAUCCGCAGGAAUUUAAGACGCUGAUGUCACAGUCCAGCGAGUUGAAAACCAAAUUGGAAAACGCUGUGAGAUCCAGCCACCAGCAAGCGCAGCGACUUAGCCGACCAGUCGAUCCCGUGAAGCCGCAGAUCAAGAUAUCUGCGCCGUCGAUCAAGCUAAAGACCGACUUUUCGAACUUCAAUUAGAGAGAAAUUAGAAAAAAAUAUAAUACGACAGUAGAGAUGAGAAAGAGCGUGAUUGCGCGAUCGCGCAACUGAACCGACGCGAUGAUUGUCGGUUAAUUAAAUCGAAUUAGUCGCUACAUGUAAAAUGUUUUAGUAUCGUGAUAAUUAUCAAGUGAUAAUAUCCCACUUAGGAUUUCGCUGUUACGAAGAAGCUUACCCGAGUGUACUUAGAGUUAAACGAUCAAAAGUCGAUAACAUCGCGGUGAAUAAGAUACGCAAAGGAUGGUUAAAAGAACUACGUGAACAAGAAAAAUCGAGGUCAAUUAAUCAAGUCACUAUCGUGAGAGAAACGGUGUUUACUUUACAUUCUUUUCAUUCCGUUUCACUUUCUCAUACGAUUCGCUGAAUACGAUAACGUUCCUUAUUUUUCAAUCGUACUUUCCAAAGUGCAGGAAAAGAGCAUUAUAUUAAAUUUGUAAGUUGUGUAUAUAUAUGUAGAGUAUAGUUUGUAACAUUAUAGAAAUUAUUAAUUUAUUUAGUAAUAUAAAUGAAUUCAAGAUUUUAUUCCGUAAAAGGGGCGUUACGAUUAAAACGAUUGCGGAACGAUCCCAACACGACGUGCACAAAUUAAUUUAUAGAUAGUGGUACGCUCGUGUAGACUAUUUCUCUUCUCACUAUGAAUCGUAUCAAUCGUUCGGACGCUUGAUUUUUAACCCGCUCGUAACGUAACGCUCGUGACGUACAUUUUACUAUACCGAUGAAAUUAUUUAUUAAAGUAUAAAGUUUCUCUUGGGAAUAUAUUAUUUGCCAUAAGAACGAAGACGAACGUAAAUCAUAGAGACACUCUGGUUAAAACGAGAACCCACUUAACGUUCUUCUUAUAAGAAGACUGAUAAUUUGCUGUGCAUUUUAAUUUAAUGAUUGAUUAUAUACUAAUAGUAUUUUACAUGCAUUUUUUUAUGUGUCUAGAACUAAUAGUAGAACCGCGCUAGCAACUAUCGAGGGAACUGUCUGACACGACAUAUCGAUUUAUACCGAGCUCUUUCGUAAUACCUGUUUUUCUUCGUAUGAACAAUGAUCUUUUCCCGACUUUUACGAGAUGCAUGAGAAGCACAUCUAUCGAAUUAACUCUAUUCAAUACUGGUAUCACAGCGAGACAACGGAUCAAUUCUUAACUCUUAGAAUACUUAAGAACAGUUCUUCGUCAAACGUAGAUUGUAACCCGAACUGAACUGAAAGAACUGACAGUGAACUGUGUGGAUGGAUAUCGGAACGAGGCAAUUUGAAAUUGAGGACUUUCUUCCGAAUUUGAGACGGCAAUGACCACGUUUACACGUCUCGUCUAGUCGGCGUUAGUAAUAUUCAUAGUUAUAAUUUUUUGAAACGCAUGUUGGUUUAAAGGAUUCUGGUCUAUUAAUCUACAUACAUUUUCGUUAACAAAUAACAGCAAAUGACACAAUACCGGUGUAAAGUACAGUUCAUAUUUAGCACACGCACCUCUAGCAUUGAUAUUUACAACGUCGGAAAAUUACUAAACCGAUUGUCGUGUAAGCGUGCGUUAAUUGAUUGGGGACAUCGUUUUAUAGGCAUUAUGUAGUAAGUCGGUCAGAUGUAGUAAUUUAGAUACGGCAGUAUAGAUUGCGAUGCAUGUUGCAGCGUGAGUGUCGGUGGGUGCAAUUUUACAACGUGGACUAAGUCUUUACAUAAUAGUCAUUUUGUAAUAGCGUAGCGUCCCUGUGAGAAACAAGUAGAUUGGAAUUCAUCACGCAAGAAGUUGAGUCCUUACAUAAAUUUCUUUCAAU